AUGCCGUCGCAAGCAAACGGCCAUGCCGGCACCAACGAGUCUACUCCCCUCCUACAACGAUCCCAAUCAGACGCUGCCCCUCGCGACUGGAAACAUGUCCCCCAGCACGUCGCUGCGGUGACCUGGGCUACUCUCGUCAGCAACUAUGUCAACGUCCUCCUCGUCUUCGUCCCCAUCGGCAUCGUCGCUGGCGCAUUGGGCUGGAAUCCUACUGCCGUCUUCGUCCUAAACUUCAUCGCCAUCGUCCCUCUUGCCUCCCUCUUGAGCUUUGCGACGGAGGAGCUGUCUGCGAAGCUCGGCCAAACACUAGGUGGAUUGCUCAAUGCAACCUUCGGCAAUGCUGUGGAACUCAUUGUCUCCAUCGUUGCGCUACGAGAGGGCGAGAUCCGCAUCGUACAGUCCAGCAUGCUGGGCUCCAUCUUGUCCAACAUCCUUCUGGUUCUCGGCUGCUGUUUCCUCGCAGGAGGUAUUCGCGAACAGGAGCGCUCCUUUAACGAGACAGUCGCUAGCACCAUGUCUUCCCUCAUGGCCGUAGCUUGCGCAUCGCUCAUCAUCCCCGCCACCCUCUAUGCCGCGCUCAAGGACUCCAAGGCCGAGACCGACGGCGGCAUUCUCCUCCUCUCCCAUGGAACAUCCAUCAUUCUCCUUGUCCUCUACCUCCUGUAUCUCUACUUCCAGCUCUUCAGCCACCACGACUUGUUCGAUGAUGUCGAGGCACAGAACCCCGAGGACGAGGAGGAGCACAUUCUGUCUCCCGUUGCCGCUGGCGUUGUUCUCGUCGUUGUCACCGUCAUGGUCGCCGUCUGUGCCGAGUACUUGGUCGACAGCAUUGAUUCCAUCGUUGAGACUGCACACAUCAGCAAGACCUUCAUCGGUCUUGUCCUCUUGCCCAUUGUUGGAAAUGCCGCCGAGCACGUCACCGCCGUCAUUGUCGCCUACAAGGGCAAGAUGGACCUUGCCAUCAACGUUGCCAUUGGCAGCUCCAUGCAGAUUGCUCUAUUCGUGACUCCCUUCCUUGUCAUCCUCGGUUGGAUCAUCGACCAGCCAAUGACGUUGCACUUCCAGGGCUUUGAGACAGUCGUCUUCUUCUUGUCUGUCUUGGUCGUCAACUACCUUAUCCAGGACGGCAAGAGUAACUAUUUGGAGGGUGCCAUGUGCUUGGGAACAUAUACUAUUAUUGCCCUCGCAUUCUACGUCUACCCAGACGAUGCAAACGGCAACCUCGGCGGCAAUUUCAUCAACAACUUCUUCCAUUAG